GUAUCCUUUGUUUUUCACCGUCAUGGCUUCGUACAAGUCCGCAAUACGCUCGCAAGCGCCUUCAGAGCAGGUAGAUGGUACCAAGUACCGCGCCCAAGCUCGGCAACUCCAGGAAUUCUUCCCUACAUGGUCAAACGAUGAUCUCCAAUCGCUUUUGGUUGAGGUAUCGGGAGAUGUAGAGCUUGCUGCUGCUCGUAUCAGCGAAGGUCGCGUAGAGCAAUGGGGCGCUGUACACCGCAAAAAAGAGAAGCGCACCUCCACCCCAGGUCAUGCAUCCAAGGACUCCGUGUCAUCCGCUCCGUCCCCUCGUGGGGGAGCCGAUUUUCGCGGCGGACGAGGGGGUCGCGGGGGCAGAGGAGGCGGUCCCGUAGGACGCGGUUCCUUCCGUGGCGGUCGCGGCGGGCGAGGCGGUUUUGCAGGAGCCGUCACAAACGGCCAUACACCCGCGAGGGAGUCGACCUCCAGCCCGGCCUGGGGCACCUCUGCUGCAAAGCCUACUGCCCCUGCGUCGACGGACGCUACAGCCCCGCCCGCGGCAGACAACGCUUGGGACUCAUCCGCCCAUGCAGAAUCGAACGCAACCCCGAACGCUUGGGGUGCCCCGGAGCCCAAGUCUGAGCAGCCGCCUGCCCCAGCCCCAGCCCCAGCCCCCGUGACGGCCCCCGCACCCGACGUAAAUGGCACGGCCACACAGGCGCCGGCGCCGAAGAAGCCAGCUACUUCCAAGAUGUCCUGGGCGCAAAUCGCACGCCCACAGGAGAAGCCGCCCCCAACGCCCAAGCCUGCUGCUCCCGCUGCAGCCGCUCCCACCGCGCCCGCCCCGGCGCCCCAGGUUGCCCCCGCGGCGCCGGAACCCGCUCCUGAAGCUCAGCCUUCAGCUCGGGAGGAGCCUGUCACGGUUGAGGCGCCGACUUGGGAGGAGGACAAGCCGUCGGUAUCCACCCCCGAUGCUUGGCCUGAGGCCCCUGCAGCUGCUCCUGAGCCUAAGGCUAAAGAGCCGACGCCCCCUGCGCCCGAGCCCGAGCCCGUCGCUGCACCAGCAGCGGUCCCCGUCAAGCCCGCGGAGGAGCCCCCUAAGCCGCGUGUCGCAGAGGCGUCGCCCAAGCCCUCGCCAAAGCCUCGUCCCGCCGCCGCGCACCGUACGAGCGCUGCCGCUGCACGCUUCAAGGCCGGUGAUGCUGUGGUCAUGCCACGAUUUGGGACCGCGUCCCCAGUCCCUUCCGCCGACAAGCUUGGCAUGCAAUUCGGCUCCCUCAACCUCGGUGGUACGCCAAUCGACGAUAAGCCGGAACCCGAAGCAGCGCCCGCGGCCCAAUCUCCCCCUCAACCCGCACCCCAGGCAAAGGCACCGACGCCGCCUGCGCCUUCUAUCCUUCAGCAACCUCAGCAAGCGCAGCCUCAACAGGCUCAGCAGCAACCGCAACAGCCGUCCCAGCCGCAGACGUCGCAGCCCUCCGCUUUCUCUGCCGCCAUCUCGCAGCCGACGCAGCCCCCCACCAACCACGUCACCGCCUCCACGUCCCCCAUCCAAUCCCUCUCUACCUCCCACUCCGCCCAACCUGCGCAGACGACGGCGCUGCCGCAAAGCCAGAGUCAGCCCCAGCAAAUCCAGAACCAGUACGCUACGGGCCUUCAACACCACCUCGAGCAUCAGGCCCCGCAAGCGCCGCAGCCUCAGGCGCCUAGCCAGAAUGCUGGGUAUCUGCGUCACCAGCAGGAGCCGGCGUACUUCCACACUCCCACUCCCCCGCAAGAGGCGCACUACGGAAGCCCCUUCGGCAACGGCAUCGGUCUCAGCGGCGCUAUGGGUGCGACUGGUCACAACCAGGGAGGCCUCGGUAUGGGUGGGCUCGCCGGUGGCCUCGGUGGUCUCGGUGCUGCCGGUCUUGGCCAAAAUGCCGUUGGCGCUAUGGCGCAGAGCGCCUCUCAGGGUAACGCUCCCUGGGGCAGCGUUGACUACGGCUACGAGUCUCCCGCCGGACGUGGUCAGGGCUUUUACGAUUCGUACACCCCCGGCUUCAACCGCGGUGGUAUCCUUGGCCACGACGACCUCAAGGGCGGCCUGGCUAGCAGCGCGCCGCAACCGCAACAAGCUCAGCAAGGUCCUGUCGCCCAGCAGCAGGGACAGCAGGGCCCGCCUCCUUCGCAGCAGCCGCCGAGCGCCGCCAAUCCCAGCGCCGGCCCCGGCGCCCAAACGCCUCAACAACAGCAAGCCCAGCAGCAGAACUACGGUCCCCCGCCCGUCCCCUACUACUACAACCCUUACCCUCAGAACCAAUACAAUCCCUACGCGGGCGCGCAGUACAACCCGGGCUACGGCGUCGCGCCUGGCUACGUCAAGUAUCCGACCAUGUUCCCCGGUGGUGGUGGCGGGCUGAACAAGCAGCCCGGCGUCGGUGCCGGCGCAGGCAUGGGCGGCGGUGCGUCGUACGGGCAGGGUGGCCUCUACCAGCAGGGCGCGUAUGACGAUUACCAGCAUGGUGGCAUCGGGCUCGACAACUACGGCGUCGGUGCGGGCAAGCCUGGCGCCCCGGGUGCGCAGCAGCAAUAUGGCGGUGCAGCGCAGAGCCCUGCGCAGGGUCAGGGUCUUAUGGGUUUGGCUGGUGGCGCGCGUGGUAGCCCCGAGACUGCGUACAAGCAGUACGUGCCGAAGGAUGUCGGCGGAGGUCCCGGGAAGGCCGCGCAGCAGCCGCAGGGUCAAGGCCAGCAGGGCUUCUACGGCGGCAGCCGCUUCGGCAGCGGCGCGGGCGUUGGCGGUGUUGGCGGUCUCGGUGCCCAGCAGGGCGGGCCGCAGCACCUCUACGGUCCCCAGGGCGGUGCCGAUGGGCAGUUCUACGGGUACCAGCGCCAGCAGGGCUACUGGCAGUAAGCUAUUCGCCUCGCUGCGGACGCCAUCGAAUUGUACACGCAGACGCCUCUGCUGUAAUCCAAAGUCCAAGCUCGCUGUAACUGACCGACAAGCACAUCAUCCUCUUCACCUCCCCUCCAUCCCCAUCUUGCUCUUGCUUUUCGCUCUAGUUAUCUGCACCGUCCGUCCGUCCUUCUUUGUCAUCUCUCUUCCUUCUUCUCUUUUUCCUCCAUCUUCUUCUUGUCGAUUCUCAUCUGUGCGUACAUACGUUACAUCACAUAUUCUGUCGUGUCUUCGUCGCAAUGUCUGUUCUUGUACACUUAUACGAACAAAGACCUCUGAGCGAGUCCCUGUAAUAUGAUGGGUCGAAAGACUGAAAUCCCCACACUUGCUGGCGUG